AUGCUCGCUCUGUGGCGGGGACAGGAUCCAGAUUCCAUGCUGUCACGAAAAUACAACGCCAGAGCGAUCAGACUAUUGAAGGACAUGGUCGAGACAUCCGACGAGAACGAGUCUGACGUGGUGUUGAUCACGAUCAUUGCCCUACAAUUCCGGGAAGCACUAGUUGCUCAUCGAAAAUUGCGUCAGGUGGAUGGUAGUCACCAGAGAGGUGCGUAUGCGGUCGUCACUCACAGGAAAAGUACGGGUUUCCGGACCCCAGCCUCAAAGAAACUGUUGCAAGAAGUGCGAAGCACGAUGGUGUCAGAGGCGAUUCGAACUCGUCAACCAGUUAUCAUGGAUCCAGCCGUAUGGGACGACCCCGACCCUCUACCAAUCAGCCCUGCGAGUGAUCUCGACAGGAUCGCGAUCGAUCUCGCUCAACUGCAGGCAUUGUAUGAGCGAUAUAAAACGACACUGCAGAUAGGAUUUGCCAAUGGGCAGAAGGCUUUGACGGACGAGGAUGUCGGGGUUAUGGCAUCGUUCAAGAGAGCUGCAACCACCAUCGACCAGCGCCUACAGGUUUGGGCCGGCUCCCAGUCGUCGUAUUUCGCACCCUGUCGAGUCCCCGCACACGAGGUCCCGGGCUCUGUCCGAAAAGCAGGCCUGUAUGGUGACUUUUGCAAUGUUUACCCAAGUGUCCAGCUCGCAGGUGUAUGGCAUGCUUAUAACAGCUACCGACUGAUAUUGGUCAAGAUGACUCUCUGCGCCGACCAAACAGUGCAGGAUCUGCGGGAGGAAGGCAGCCACGAUGUAAUCCUACCACCGUCGGACUCGUGGAGGAAAACCGCAACAGAAACCCUGCAACACUGCUUCGACGAGAUUUGUGCCGCAAUACCCUUCCACCUCGGAAGCCGUGUAGGAUAUGGUUCCAUCCAUGACUUCUCAAAUACCGCUAGCAUUGACUAUCCCUGGCCUCUGCCGGAGAAGAAUCCUUACAUAUGUCACCAACCCUCUGACACGGAGCCGGACGAAGAAUACACGAAAUACCGCAACAUCAUCCCCUUGAACCCCGACGAGCGGAAACGCCAGAACAUCGCGAUGGGUGGAUAUAACAUCCUCGGGCCUAUGGCGUUUCUGCUCGGCCUGGCUGGCGAACCUCUCGAUAUGACGGGCGUUCGAGGUGACGAUGUGUUGAGGCUCGGAUCAUUGUUGAGACAGGGUCAGAUGCCGUGGUUGAUCGGGCAGUGGCAGCGGGUAUUAAAGCUGCAUCGGAUUGGGAGGGGCCAUGGGGCUGGGGCUGGCGGUGGGAAACAAGGUGUUGCUGCGAAUAGUACAGCAAGACCAACGAAUAUGGUAGUGACGAGGGGUUUGGAAGGUGAGUUGGAGAGAGAGGUUGCUGCGGUCAAAAAGGCGAUGGAGUUAUCUUUCGGCGUGUAA